AUGAAAGUUAUUGAUCUUGAAAUAGAGUUAAACGAAUCUUCACUCAUACUAUCAGAGAUACUUAAAAUAUCGGACGGCCAAGACCUGAGUUAUAUUAAAAAGAGCCCAUUCUUGGAACUGCAAAAGAGUGGUAAGGUAGUGGAUAGACUCGAUAAAUGCAGAUUUAGCAGGAGCCACAACGACUUACUAAAUGUAGGCGAGAAACCACAGAUUAACGCGCAAAAACUAACACGUAAAAUAACAGAUCUAACAAAGGAGAUUGAAAUAAAGAAUUCUAAAAUUAUAGAACAGCAACGCAGUAUAUCAAUUUUAGAGGAAGCGUUGCGAGAAAAUAAUAAUAUUGCUGAGUUUGAGCAACUUUUGGCGGUCAUAAGAAGCAAAGACGAAAGGAUUGAAGAAUUGGAGAACAUUUUGAAUAAGUCUGGUGACACAAGAAAAUUCUACAAAGAUAAAAGAAUUUUGAAAUUAGAAGAAGCGUUGAAGGAGUCAAUUUUGAUCGCUGCAGAGAGAGAAAAGGUUUUCUAUGAAGAAGAAAAAAGGAGGAUUGAAGCAAUAACAAAGAUGAAGAAAAUGGAGCAAAGAUUAAAGUCACUACAGAAUGCGUCAGUUAUGAACUAUGCAAUACUACGACAUCUAUCUAAUGUUAUCAAAGAUCUUCUUGAAGAAGCAGUUAGUGCAAAGGACUCUGAAAUAGCUGAACUCGAAUUAAAAGGUGUUCUGGAUGAAAAUGCAACAAACAUAUGUGAAUCUCUAAAGCUGGAGAGAGAUAGAAUGCUGAAUAGACUAAAGCUAGAGAAUGAAAAGUUGGUGGAAUUUCAAAAGGUUACCAACAUAACCUCGGAAGAGAGUUCAUUGCCUAUACUCUCUGACGAUAUGACGUCAGCGGACAACCAACUCGUUUGGGAGGAGGACAUCCCGGCUACUGUAUUAUGA